CUGCUCACACAGGCUGCGGUGUGAUCCGUUUAUCAGCUGUUUACGUUCACUGGACGGGAAGGGCUUUUUAUGGACACUUUCUAACAGACUGGAUAAAUGAUGUGCGCAGACGCACACAUCUUUUAUUGUGCUUUCGUUAAUUAUUGCAAAGGAGAAUUUCCUCACAAGCUGCACUUGAAACAAGUGUAAGAGGGAAACGUCUGAGGGACAGGAAAACAGAAGCAGGUCAUUUUCAAUAAAGAUUGAGCCACAGUUCAGUCCAGAAUGAAGACUGUCAGGGUGGUAGUGGUGGGAGCGGGGGUGAUUGGCUUCUCCACGGCCGUCUGCGUUGCCGAGGCCCUCCCUUUCUGCUCCGUCACUGUGCUUGCUGAGAAGUUCAGUCCGGACACCACAAGUGAUGGAGCUGCAGGGAUCCUGUUCGCUGCACAGUUUCCGGAUAUUUCAGUGGAAAGACAAAGACGCUGGUUCAAGGACAGCUUUGAUCACCUGAGGGCCAUCGCUCAGUCCCAACAGUCACCAGAAGCUGGAGUCAUGAUGAGCUCUGGAUAUCAAAUUUUUAAAGAUGUUCCAGCAGAUCCGAAGCCCUACUGGUCAGAUCUGGUGAUUGGUUUUCGGUUAAUGACUGACCGUGAACUGGAACGGUUCCCAGGUUAUAAAUUUGGCCAAGCCUUCACCACGGUCAAAUGUGAAUGCUCCAGCUAUCUGCCCUGGCUUGAGAAGAGGUUCCGAAAAGCAGGAGGGAAAGUGCAGCAGAGGAAAGUCAGCAGCCUUCAUGACUUAAGUGACAGCUAUGAUCUUAUCAUCAACUGCUCCGGUCUGGGCUCCAGAACUCUGACGGAUGACCCCCAGGUUUACCCGGUCAGGGGUCAGGUGCUGAAGGUGGAGGCUCCGUGGCUGCAGCACUUCAUCAGAGACGGAGACGGGAAGACGUACAUCUACCCGGGGAUCCACGGCGUAACCGUAGGCGGCACGAGGCAGGAGGACGACUGGCGCCUGGAGGUGGACGACGGGGACACGAGGAGCAUCCUGGAGCGCUGCAGCAGACUGGAACCGUCACUCAGCAGGGCCAGAGUCCUCAGCAAGUGGGUGGGGCUAAGACCGGGCAGGAGGAACCCGAGACUGGAGAGGGAGCUGGUGCAGCCGCGAGGCCGUAAGGUCCCCGUGGUCCACAACUACGGUCACGGGGGCUGGGGGGUCACCUUGGCUUGGGGUUCAGCCCUGGAUGCUCUGGGGCUGGUCAGACAGUGCCUCCAUGAAAUGCCCCCACAGGCUAAACUGUGAAGAACAUCUGCCAUUUACUCAGACAGUGUCAGUCACUGCUGUUGUUAAAUGUGCACUCUCUUAUACCAUUAACACAAAUCAGCUCUGUCUUAACAGGGUGGACACUGUUUUUGGACAAGAUAGGAAUGGUAUGUUCACAUCAGUCAAUAUCAACAAUUAACACAGUAAUCGUCAAAUCAUUGUUUCAUUCCAGUUUAAAGGCUGAUUUUUGGUCCUGUGUUAAAUAU